GUAGGGCAAUCCUGGCCACCGGAUUGUAACCGAAAGCUUCAGUCCAGCACCACCCCCGCCCUCGAGGCGCCGCGUUGGGAAAGGUUGCUUGUAUCCUGGGAAGUAAAAGAGAUGGUUUCCAACACUUCAGACAGUCCGAUGACAGCUGAAGAAGCUGCUGCCCAAAAGAGAGAAGAACGGCUUAGAAAAUUCCGAGAGCUUCAUUUGAAAAGGAAUGAAGCCCGUAAACUAAAUCAUCAGGAAGUUGUGGAAGAAGAUAAAAGGCUGAAGUUACCAACCAACUGGGAAGCAAAAAAGGCUCGCUUAGAAUGGGAACUCAAAGUGGAAGAAAAGAAAAAGGAAUGCCUGCUGAAAGGGGAAGAUUAUGAGAGAGUAAAGCUGCUAGAAGUAAGUGCGGAAGAUGCAGAACGCUUUGAGAGGAAAAGGAAGAAGAGAAAUCCUGAUCUUGGGUUUUCAGACUAUGCAGCUGCUCAAUUACGCCAGUAUCGGCGGUUGACCAAGCAAAUUAAACCUGACCUGGAAAAGUAUGGAAAAUUAAGAGAAGAAAGUGGUGAAGAUUUUUUUCCAACUUCAAAUAGUUUACUCCAUGGAACUCAUGUGCCCUCCAAAGAAGGCGUUGACAAAAUGGUUUCAGAUCUUGAAAAACAAAUUCAAAAACGUGAAAAAUACAGCCGGAGACGUUCUUACAAUGACGAUGCAGAUAUCGACUACAUUAAUGAGCGGAAUGCCAAGUUCAAUAAAAAGGCUGAGAGGUUCUACGGCAAAUACACUGCAGAAAUCAAACAGAAUUUGGAAAGAGGGACAGCUGUGUAGACCAAAAAGUUCAGGAGGCUAGCCCUGCUUUCUCAGUUUGGCUUCUUUAAAACCUUCAUGUGUAAAAUACGCUUUGCAAACAUGUUCUAAUGCUAGAAUGAAAUUUGUCCACAUAUAGUACUCCUCCUCUCUAAGAAAGGUAUGUUAGAGAAGUUUUAACAAUUAUGUAAUUGUAGAAAACCAAAGUAUUUGAAGUUAUGGUUGGUGAGCCAAUUGUGAUUUCAUUUUUUGUUUUUGUUUUUUAAUGUGAAUGUUGAAUCACAAACCGUUUUUAAAUGCACAUGUAGUUUAUUUGAAAACCAUCACAAUUGUGUAAGUUGAUACGUUGAUUUUGGUAGUUUGAUUAAACAAAGAGCCAUGGCAUAUAAAGCUGUUUUUAAAACACUCUUGGUAUGUUUUGCCUGCCUAAUGAGCAUCUGGUUUAUAAUGCAAUUAGUGGGAAGCCCCAAAAAGUAAUGAAACAUAAUUCGGACGGAUGUGUGAAACAUAUCCAAGUAGUCUUGGCUUUUGUACACAAAAAAAGGCUGGGUUAGAAAGCUCCCUAAAUAUUAUUUAUAGAAAUCCGUGUAAUAUUGUUUAUACAGGUAGCCCUCAACAUACGAAUGCUUGUUCAGGGAUCUCCAGUGCCCCACUCCCCCACACUUCCCAGCACCACCUGCAGCACUUUUCCAUCCCCUCAUGAUCCUUACUUAGUACUCAACUCUUCCCACUUAAUAGCUUGCAGUCCUCAGGUUACAGCAGCAAUGGGGACUGCUGUCACUAAGUGAUGCAUUCAUGUGAUGCUUUAUGACUAUGUCAUUUAGUAUUGGCAAUUCCAGUCAACUUACCAUUGUAACCCGAAAAUACCUUUAUAACAAAUUUAAGCGUUUCAGCAAAAGAUGCAAUAAUUGAGCCAGUUUUAUUGUUACUUCAGGUGUUGGAUGUGACCAAACGGUUAAUUGUGUCUGGGUUAGUGGCACACUUUCCCCAACAAUUGGCUGCUGUUCAGGGUUACCUUGCUCCUUUUAGGCCUUGCAGUUUUUAAACAAAACUCUAGUCUGUAAAAUUGCAUAGCAGCUUUUCCUCCCUCCAAAAGUUCUUGUGGUUGUUGGAAUGAGGUGCUGCCUCAGUGUGCUUGCUCCUUUUCUGCUUGUUGCCAGCUGAGCUCCCAAACUAGGCAGGAAUCCCACCAGCUGUAGCUUCUAGUCCUGGCAAUUGAAGAUAACCUGCCUGAAAUUGCUGCUGCCUCUAAUAAUUGGUACAUUGCUGAAAAGGCUGGGGGGUGGUUCAAUUUGCUAGACAGUGUGGAUGCUAGUAAGUAAACUCGAGUGGGAGGAAUGACUCAAUUUCCUCUCAUUUCAAGGGCUGUAUACCCAACUAGCGCUUAUUUGUGGUAACAUAUAUGACUUUACUGCCUUUGGAGUUGAUUCCAAAACAGAAGGUGGUAUAGAAUACUUGGUUGAUGCAGUUUUAGUGUUGGAAGUGGUGGUGCUGGCUUGCCUUUACAGAGCUUGGAACUAGAUUUUGAAGCCUCUUUCGUCCAUCUUGGCUUACUGUUUGCAUUCUGUCAAUAACAUCUUACAUCUUCUGCAAAACAAGACCUCCUCCUGCUCUGGGACAAGAGAAAAUAGUUCAGGCUUGGAUAAGAGUUUGGGAAGAUCUUUACAGGAUCCUGAAGGCGGAUGAAUUCAGUAUCUUGAAGACUUCUACUUUAAUGAAGAAAGCUUCCAAACAAAGGAUGAGCUUGAUCACAAAAUUGCCUUAUGGAUAUGUUAAUUUUCCAAGAUUAAUUAUGAAAAGAUGUGCUCAGCAUGAUUAAAGAUAGCUGUUUUAUUAAUCUUUUUUGUAUCUACCUUCAUAUCUAUAAAAUAUCACAAUUAAUUUAGAAAGUAUUAGUUACCUGUGACCAUAUAGGUUUCUGAUCAACUUAUGUGCAACAGAGUUGUAAAAGCCUUUAACAAUUUAACCUCUUUGCAGUAAGUUUCCGAUCUUUCUCAGCAUUCAAGAAUAUAGUUAAAUAUAACAUCUCUAAUAAAAUAACUGAGUUCUCUGA